AUGGAGUUCAGAGAAGUUCAAGAGAAGUCUAAGGACCUCCAGAAAGCCACAGCUGCCAACGCCAACUCAGACCAUAUCAUUAAAAUAUUGAACGAUCUUAGAACGGGAGUUAAACCCAACGAGGAUCUCCUUCGACAGACGAAGAUCGGGGUCAUUGUUAAUAGAUCGAAAGCACACAAAGACCCUAAAAUCAGCCGCCUAGCUAGCGAGAUCGUGAAGAAAUGGAGAGAUGAUAUCGACAAGCAGAAGAGUGGCAGAUCAAGUCCUGCUUCAGACAAGAAGGGCAUCACGUCAGGAACGGCAUCGCCGCUUCCUACAAAUGGCACUAAGUUGAAGCCAGGUGUGCCAUUAGAUCAACGAGACUUCAAGAAAGACAAGAUCAACACGGCAAAGACGAACCAAGCGACAAGGGACAACUGCAUUGGGUUGCUGUACAAUGGUUUAUGCUUCAUGUCGCCCGACCCAGCGUCUGAAGUUCUCAAUGUUGCCGUCGCUGUGGAAGCCGCGGGAUACGCUCAUGUUGGACCCGAAUCGAAUGCCGGAUACACAACCAAGAUGCGGUCGCUUUACAUGAACCUAAAGAACAAGUCGAACAGCAAAUUGCGUAGACAGGUGCUUGACGGCGAGAUCAAACCUGAUCAGCUGGUCAAAAUGAGCUCCGAGGAGCUGAAAAGCGAGGAGAGACGUCUAGCUGAUAAUGCCCUCAUUAAGGAGAACAUGAAAGAGGCCCAAAUGCCGCAGGCGGAAAAAAGCAUUAGUACGGCGAUACAAUGCAAGAAUCCUAAAUGUGGCAAGAACACAGUCGCAUACACACAGGCGCAGACACGGAGUGCUGAUGAACCUAUGACCACUUUUUGCGAAUGUCAAUCGUGUGGACGCCGUUGGAAGAUCAACCUCCACGCACUCGCUCGCACCGCCUCCAAGCCGUCGAGACCUGCACCUUCAUCCCGAGGCCCCCGCAAUCGGGGCGAUCGCAGCUCGAAUCGUAGCAAAAGCGCGCCGCGUCAACAGCGCGGAGAGAUCGACAACGAUGAGCAAGAAUCUGAGGUUGAAUCCUUGACGCCGGAGCAGGAAGCCGAGGCUGAGGCCCAGAAGAAGGCGGAGGCGGACUACAUGGACUCUCUUAUUUUCUCUGCAAUCGAAAACCCAGAGUCCGUGCCCCCAACCUUCAGGGAGAGCGAGGAGGGCACGGAGUUUCUUAGUCAUAUACACGUCAAUAAGGUAGAGCCCAGAGAGUUUGAGGUGAAAGAUCUACUGGGGCAUCAGCUGGGUGGGAAAGGAAGGUUGGCAGGCUUGUGGGAAAUGGCAAGACGUGUGGCAUUGAAGGAGCAGGUGCAAUUUGAGAGUCAAGAAGAGAGGGAAGACGUGAUGAUGUUGGUGGAGAAGAUCAGGAACGAUAAUCUGGACAAAGAUAUGAAAGAGAAAAUGGGCAGACCGUCCGUAGGGAAGGAAGAGGCAGAGGAAGGGGCGCGAAAUGUAUUAGAGAAGUGGGUUCGUGGGAGGUACGAGCAGACUGGAGGCGCGGAGGGUGUACUGGGUGAGGUGGGUAGAGCUUACAUGACAGAGGAUGCAAAGAGCGUUCUCAGACAUGUCAAGAAGUUGCUUAGCCAGGGGAGAGUACGACCUCAAGGCAAGGUUGCGGAGGCUGUCGGAGCGGGAGCUCCAUAA